AUGUUCCCGGAGACCCUUUGGUACCUUCUCAAUGUUGCCAUUGUCUUCGCGCAGACGAGGAAGCAGCUUUCUCUGAAUACUGUCUCUUCGUUCAACGACUCGUCAACAUUUACUCUACCGGAAGCAAGCAACCUUACAGUUUCGGUCGCCUUGUGUUCUUCAAGCUCCUCUGCCCGAUUUUUCGUCACAAAUACGUCGGCAGAUGCAGACAAUCCAGGACCCGACGGCGGUACAGAUGUAUACGAAAUAUCACUAAAUGAGGGUUUCGGCAAUUUCGCGGGUGCUUUUACGAAUGGAGGUGUCCUGUCGGCAGACGAUGCCAGCAACGUUACCUUUGAAGUAGGCGUGUCCGAAAGUGGACCAACGCAUAAAAUUUCAACGGACCCCCCAUCACUGGGUGACACCACAGCAACCCAGGCUAUCAUAUUUUCUCCCGUCUUCUUGGAAGUAUCCUCAGAAGUGCCGACCUACCCAAACUAUUCUUUACCAGUCGCGAAUCUUUCAGCCCCCGCGGUACCUUCCACGUCCAACAAUUUCUCGCUAAUUUUUUCGGAGACGUCAGGAUCUAGCCCGCUCGCAUCUGGACUGCAGACGGGCUGCGCGUUGCAGAGUCAAAAUUCCACUGGAACCAUUGUUAACCAAACCAUGUGGCUUCCAAAUGAAGAUGGCUGGCGAACACAAUGGAUUAUUGACGGUUUGACACCUGCAACGAACUAUACCGCCUAUGUUAUAAUUGACAAUACCACCGUCAGUGGACCCAUAUACUUCAUAACAAAAUCUGAGUCCUUCUCCUGUCCACUAUUAUCCAAUCUGCCGUAUUGCCCCGGCAUCGCAUAUGCUAUACCCCUUGCGCAACCAUCCUCGCAAUCCACCUAUGACUCCACCAAUCUCCCUUCAGAAAUCGCAGAACCCCUCAUAUCCUCAUUGACCAACUUCACUACAACUCUUACGACCUUUGCCUGCGGCCGCGACGACUAUUCGCCUCUAGUGUCUUGUAAUGAUUGUCAGCGGGAAUAUCGGAGAUGGCUUUGUACCGUCAGCUUCCCCCGCUGUGGGGAGGCAAGCUCCAAUAACGGGGCCAUGGUGGCUGCCAAUGGUGCCCAGAAGGUCUUCUCAGCCUUGUUAUCCCAGCCAACGACAGUCACGCCUAGAAACUCAAACUUUCCAUCUUUCAAUGAAACUUAUACGGCACUAUUGCCUUGUUUGGAGCGUUGCAAUGCUGCCGACCGGGCUUGUCCUAGCUUCCUUGGCUUCCGAUGUCCAACGGCGCAGUUCAAUGCUUUAAGCAGCUACGGUGUAGGAUAUAUAGAUAGUGGCGUAGAGGGUGUAGAGGGCCGGGGAUCUUCGGGGACCGCGCAGGAUCGCUAUGGGAAUGUCUGGUGUAACUAUGGAUAA